UUCGUCUUGCCCCAGUGUACUUCUCCUGGCUUUUCCUCAUCUUUGCGUUCUCACUUGCGCAUAUCUGCGGCAACCUGUAUCACCCGCGUUUUCCUGCUAUAGCCGCCGCCUGAAAGGAUGCAAGCCUCGACCUCCAAAGCGGUCGCGCACAAUGCGCCUUUGCCGCCCUCGCAAGCCUCUGCGGGGCGCUCGUCGCGGAUAGCGCCCCACUCGCACAUCAAAGGGCUAGGACUCGACGCGGAAGGUCUAGCGAGCACGGAUGGAGCGGGAUUCAUCGGUCAAGACAACGCGCGAGAGGCGUGCGGCGUCGUCGUGGACCUCAUCAAGUCGCGCAAGUUCUCCGGACGCGCGCUGCUCCUCGCUGGUGCGCCGGGCACCGGCAAGACCGCGCUCGCGCUCGCGAUCUCGCAGGAGCUCGGCGCGAAGGUGCCGUUUUGCCCCAUGGUCGGCUCGGAGGUGUACAGCACCGAGGUGAAGAAGACCGAGGUGCUCGCGGAGGCGUUCCGGCGCGCGAUCGGGCUGAGGAUCAAGGAAACGAAGGAGGUGUACGAGGGCGAGGUGACCGAGCUCACGCCGACCGAGUCGGAGAAUCCGCUUAGCGGGUACGGGAAGACGAUCGCGCACGUCGUCGUCGGGCUCAAGACCGUAAAAGGGACAAAGCAGCUCCGGCUGGAUCCCACCAUCUACGAGGCGAUCUUGAAGGAGAAGAUCGUCGUCGGCGACGUGAUCUACAUCGAAGCCAACACCGGGGCCGUCAAGAGAGUAGGUCGCUCGGACGCGUACGCGUCCUCGUACGACCUCGAGUCCGAGACGUACGUUCCGCUCCCAAAAGGCGACGUGCACAAACGGAAGGAGCUCGUGCAAGACGUGACCCUCGGCGACCUCGACGCGGCCAACGCCCGCCCGCAAGGCGGGCAGGACAUCAUGAGCGUGAUGGGCAGCCUGAUGAAGAGCGGACGGACGGAGGUGACGGAGAAGCUGCGGCGGGAGGUGAACAAGGUCGUGAAGGGCUACGUCGACCAGGGCGUGGCAGAGGUCAUCCCCGGCGUGGUCUUCAUCGACGAGGUGCACAUGCUCGACAUCGAGUGCUUCACGUACCUCAACGCGCUCCUCGAGUCGCCCAUGGCGCCGACGGUCGUGUUCGCCACCAACCGCGGCCACUCGCUCGUACGGGGUACGACGGACAUCGUGGCCCCGCACGGGAUCCCGGUCGACCUCCUCGACCGGUGCCUGAUCGUCAAGACGGAGGGAUACACGCGCGAGCAGGUCGCGCGCGUGGUCCAGGUGCGCGCGGCGGUCGAGGGGCUGAAGCUUGGCGAGGGCGUGCUGGACCGGCUCGCGGAAGAGGGCGAGCGGAGCUCGUUGCGAUACGCGCUGCAGCUCCUCGCGCCGGCGUCCAUCCUCGCCACGCUCGCGGGCCGGGGCCAGAUCGAGGCGGAGGACAUUGGCGAGAUGGGCGAGCUCUUCCUGGACGCGAAGACGAGCGCGGGGAUGAUCAACUCGUGAUCGUUUCGCCCCGCAUGGCAUCCGCGUACGUCGGUCAGGUCUUGGUGGGCGCACGGUUGCCGGAUAGCCGAUCGAUCGCUGCGGUGAACCCCCUCUUCGCUUCAAUCUUCCCGUCCCUGAAGGUCUCGUUGGGUCCGGUGUGAGCACCGGCUUGGGGAGCCGUCCGGCGGGGGCUGAUGGUGGGACGGGUCGCUUCGUUACUGGAGCGGUCUACCCGCGGAUAUUGCCGUGGCGGAUCUCGAGCGGGAAGUCGGCACGCACGCGGGCAUGUGUGGACGCAGGGUUUUGAAGGGGUUGCGCGUCUUCGCUGUUUUGUAUGUAUGCUCAGCUGACCCGUGCUUCGCGAUGCCAUUGCCAUGAGAUCGCUCAUGAACUCGACGUGGACG